GAACAGACCCAGAUUGACUCAGACCCAGACUAGACAACCAGACACCCAGACUCCCUCCAACGCAAGCCACGAAAAUCAAAGCGGAGACAGACACGCGCCGCCCGAAAACGCCAAACUCAACGCCAAAGACUCCAUCAUCCGAGUGUUAUUGACACCUGGUGAUAUUUCAGUUCAAUCGAAUAAUGGCCUCCCAUAUUCAUUCCACUCCAUGACUCUUGUCGUCGCCCUAUAAUCACAUCCUCUUUGUCUGUUGCAACCAUGACAACCAUGGCCCCAUCAGAUCAAAAAUCCAAAAAGAAGAAAAAGUCCAAGAAGAAAGCCAAUGCGCAGGCCACCACCUCGGGCACAAAUACUGAACCUUCAACCCCUAUCGAGCCUCAAACCCCGAAUACCUUGGAUCCUACCGGUGCAGCUGCAAGUGAUGUCUCGGACGAGGAGGAUCUAGAGCAAUCAGCCCCCGCUACAACAAAUCCUCCCACAUCAAACCUUUCAAAUGGACUCACUGCCGAUGACAAGGAAAGUGACGAUUCAGCUACGAGAUUCGAUGCUCUAGUCAAAGACCGCGAUGCCCUACGUCUCGAAGUCACCCAACUCCGUCAGUCUCUCGAACAACUGCAAUCAAAACACCCUGCCUCCUCCGAUCAAGACUCGAAUGCCGCCCUUGACGACUUGACCAAAGAACACAAUGACCUGAAAGCCGAAACAACUCAACUCAAACAGUCACUGCAAGACCUACAAUCUAAGCACGCCGAGGAACUUGAAUCCGUUCAAAAUGAAUUGGCCGAGUCUCAAGAAGCCAGAGAAAAUGCCGAAGAGCAAUACCAGUCGCUGCUCGGCAAGGUCAACACCAUCCGUUCUCAACUAGGCGAACGACUCAAAGCCGAUGCAGAAGAACUCACUCAAGCAAGGACGCGGAUCGACGAACUUGAAGAGCAAAAGUCCCAAUUACAGGAGCAAUACACAGCUCGAUCCGCAGAACUCGAAGAACUAGCAGCCAGGAAUAAAGAUGCAGAUACCAGAGCUGCAGAACAGUCCAAAGAGCUGUCCAGUCUCCGCGAAAGACUGACUCUGUCACAACAAAACUGGCACAAAGAGAAAAAUGAACUCGUCGAUCAGGAAGCAUACCUUCGUGAAGAAUUUGAAGAUGCCAAACAAGCCAUGCACGACUGGGAAGUUCUAGCUAUGGAAGAACGAACCAUCCGUCGAGACUUGGCCGACCGCAAUGCCGAUCUCGAGGAACAAGUCGCUUCGUUGAAGGAAGCAUAUGAAAAAGCGGCUGCCGAAAGAGAAACUCAAUCGAGUACAGUCGAUGGUCUUCAAAAAGCUCUGCACGAGAUUCAAAACGUUCGCAAACAAGAACUCAAAGAACUUGUCGAGACAAACCAAUCGGAACAAGAUUCGCUUCGGAAACAAUUACAACAAAUCCAAUCCAAGUAUGAUGCUCUGGUCACUGAACUGGAUCAGACGAAGAAGGAUCUUGAAAGAGCUAUUCCCUUUGAGAAAGAAGUCAAGGAGAAGAACCUCCUCAUUGGAAAGCUACGACAUGAAGCUGUCAUUUUGAACGACCAUCUCACCAAAGCAUUGCGAUUCCUCAAGAAGGGCAAGCCAGAGGACAAUGUCGACAGACAAAUCGUAACCAACCACCUCCUCCACUUCCUCGCCCUAGAUCGCUCCGACCCAAAGAAGUUCCAAAUCCUCCAAUUAAUCGCCGCGCUACUAGGCUGGACCGAGGAACAAAAAGAACAGGCCGGCCUAUCUCGACCAGGCGGUGGCUUAUCGACGACAGGCUCUCACUCUGGAUCUCUCCGUCUACCAACGUCACUCGUCCAUCGCACACCCAGCACACCAACGCUCUACUCUGCUGGAACACCGACCAGUGGCGCCGAUUUCUUCACCCACACGCCUGAUAGCGCCACUACGAAGGAAAGUCUGGCUGAAUUGUGGCAGAACUUUCUCGAGCAUGAGGCUGCCACUGGCGCGGCUGGAUCUUCACAUCCAACUCCGAAAUCUCGGACCGCGAGUCAGAGUCAUCAUGGUGCACUUACCUCGCCGACGAGACCUUGAUAGGAAAGGAUUGGAUUGAAGUGAGGUAGAUAGAUAGAUAUAAAUAUCAACUACAGUGAUUGACGUGAUGAGAUGUGAUGCGGAGUGAAGUGAAGUGGUGGACAAGCCAGAGGUGAAUAAAAC